UAUAUUUGAAAUAAAGACUAACUAAUGUUAAAAUAUUCCGUGUAUAUAAUUACAUAUUCCAUACAAAUAUUUGCAAUAAAGUAAAUUAUUGAAUAUAUAUAGAAUGUGAUGCGAAUUUAUCCAUCGAUUGUUACGUCAACGUAUUGUGCCCUUUUUAAACAUAACCUAAAAAUUAUUUCCAUAACUAGUAAAAAAAAACAAGAAGAUUGAGAAAGUGUAAAGUUUAAAACAAUGGUUUUAUGUAACAUAGAAUGUUUAGAAAGAAUUUCAAAUUACUUAGAUGUCUCACCAUUACCACUGGAAAUGCAAGAAAAUGUAAUUGUUACUAUGGAACGGGAAUCAAAUAAAAAAAUAGAAGGAUUUAGUACUAUAAUUCAAUUUCUAAUUGAAAAUUCCAAGUACCCUGAUAUACUUGGUAUUGAUAAUGAAAUGAAAGCAUUAUCACGUCAGUGGCUGGAAUAUGCAGUUGUCUGUGUCAAUUACGCUGAUACUCCCGCUAAUGCGAAAAGAAUCUUGCAGGAAUUAAAUAUUGCACUAAGGGAUAAUACAUAUUUAACUGGUACAAAGAAAACUAUUGCUGAUAUUACAUUAUAUUAUGCUCUACAUUCAAUAAUGCGAGAAUUAAGUCAUCAAGAGAAAGCUCAAUAUGUACAUGUGUCUAGGUGGUUUGAUAAUAUGCAACAAGAAGAAAAAUUAAGACAACAAUUAGAUUUAAUUUCUUUUGAUUUGUUACAUUUAUUUUUAUAAAUAAAAUAAAGAUGUAGUAGUGAUUUCAUAGAUA